CUAUGGGUUUAUAUUGAGGUAAAGUUAUGAGCCAAAUUUUAGGUGCGAUAAAGUAUUUCGUAUUAUAUAUAUCAAAAGUACAACUUAAAAAUGUUACUGCGAUAAAGCAUUUCUUGCAUGAAACAAAAACGCAGAAAGCAAAUGCCACUGAGAAAAAUCUUUAUACUAUUUUAAAGUUUAAAGAUAAAGAAGAUUUUGAAAAUUGGACUAAUCAGAGAGUUUUGACUAAUCAGGAGAUUUGGCAAUUAUAUGCUAGCUCUCUUGUGAAAGAUAUGGAUCACUCAGAGAACAAAGGGAUAGCAAGGAAUAUUAUUGAAAACGUAGCUACAAAUGCAGUAAAGAAAGAACUGGGUAAUACAAACGAUAAAGCCAGAAAUGAAAUAAAACAACAACUAACUGAUCUGGAAAAUAAUAAAACGGCAAUGCAAGCAAAGAAAAAAAUCAUUAAAAUCCUCAGCGAGGUUGAUGAGAAACAGGCACUUGCUGAACUGCAGGUAAUAAAAAAGCAGGCUAAAGAUUUUGUACAAGGUAAGUUUUAUAAGGAUAAUGAGAAAGAAUUCAAGAAACCUGGAACUGCAGCAUCACUUUUUGCAAAAAUGCAAGAUUAUAUCACAUCACUAGAAGAAUCAGCUGAUAAUCAAAUUUCAACCCUAUUAUCAGAGCGAAUUAGGACAUUAAGCACGAAAUAUCCUCAUUCGUCAGAUGAGAUGAAUAAUGCUAUGCAAAUACUAGCCAAUAAUGAGUUAAGGAAAUUCUAUGAUAUAGGCAUACAAAAUGGAACACUGUCUCCUGUUAUAUCUUAUGAAGAAUGCAAAACUAAAAUGGAAAAGAAGAUAGAGAAUCAGGAAUUGGCAAGAGAUUUAAAAAAAAUAGAGAAGUUGAUAGGAAGUAUCACUGAAUCAAUCAGUAUUAUUAAUGAAAAGAAACAAUCAAUUUUUCAUUGCAUAAAUCAUCAAAAUGAUUGUGUCAAAGAAAUGGAAGGAAGAAGACACAGAUAUCGAUAUUUUCAGCAAAAGAUUGAUAUAUACCAAAAAAGAAUCGAUGAAUGCCAGAAAGAAAUCGAUGAGUGUAUUAAUCCUAUGCAAAAAGUAUUUGAUAGUCUCUCACAUAAAACAAGAGCUACUAAUGAUAUGAUGGAAUUUAAAUCAAUGAUAGAUAGCCUGCAAACAAAACAUGACACACUUCCAAGUGAAAAACGUGCACGUAAGCUUUCAACUUUAACUUAUUUAUCAAAAACACAAGAUCAAAUACAUGAGCUAUUGGCAGAGCAUAAUCCUGCAACAAAUCUUUCACAANCUUCUUGA